CCUCUUUGUUCUUCUCCAAUACAUCUUGCUGUGUUCCAUCUCUUCUGGUUUCCCGUAUCUCGAGUGUUAACAUUUGGUAUCCGAUUAAGUCAUCCUAGAUCCACUUGUUGAUGUGCCAUGGCGACCCCGAUCUUCCACAAUAGAGCAUCAAGACGCCGCCAUCCGCAAGCUGCUCGAUGAAAUGCGACUCAUGGAGACGCUUGUCCGAGCGCAUCAGCCCUGUGACGAGACGUCUCAAGAAGAGCCCUGUGACGAGACGUCUCAAGGGUCCCAUCUUCGACGUGGAGCCCUGUUUCCACCGCCGCAUCCUCAAUUCGGAUCCAAUCUCUCCCUACGACUAGGUCGAUCUGCUUUCGGUCGUCCGUGUCGCGGCCCCGAGCUCCCGGGAUUUGCUUCCUCCACUGGGCAUCCGUGCUGUGCCGAGCAGCUACGUCGCGAGCGGGCAUCCACAGGAGGUGGUCGGCGUCGACGUCCGAGCCGACACGCUGCAGGAUCUUCUCCUGCUUCGCCUCCAGCUCGGACAGCACGACAGAGAACUUGUCCAGCCCUCGCGACGAGUCGAGUCGGCUACUCGCGUCGAGUCGAGCGUUCCUAGGGCCUCCAGCACCGAGAUGGACAGGGAGUUCAGCGCCGCCUUCGUCACAGCAUCAGCCGCCUCCGGCACCAGCGCCCUCGAGGAAGCGCAGCUGCACCUCAACGACCUCUACACAAUCGCCACCGAGGGGAUUGACACGGCCAUCGCGACGACGCGGAGGGAGAGCAAGCCCGUGUACAUCAGCGUGAGCUGCAACCUGGUCGGCCUCUCCCACCCGACCUUCAGUCGAGAGCCGGUACCCCUAUUCAAGAGCUUCGGCGGCCCGGUCGACAUCGUCAAGAACGACCAGCCGUACGUCCUGUUCGACGACAGCAAGCGAUGCGUCUGCAGGUCCAUCGACGAGGACGACGAGGUUCCCAACACAUUGCCCACCAGGUGUUUUAGGAAUGGUUUCAUAUUCGUAUAGAGCUUCUCGCCUCCAUUCAAUUGCAGCUGGGAUGCCGUGCCGCAUAGGCAACCUUGGCCACCACCACAUAUGCAAGUUGAGUUUGGAUAUAGCCAUGAUGAUUUACGUACAAUUCCAUGGUCGUCUCUCAACAUAGUAGUUCAUGAGGUUGCUAUUGGGGAGUAUUGCAUUUUUGUCCAAGAAACCUCCAUGGCCACCUCCAGCUCAUCAAUAUUUCAGAUCUAUGCAUACUGAAACUGUGGGAAGUUGGAAACACGAGAUGGUGACUACAGAGUGGAGUUUCCAUAUGCUCAUUCAAGGAGAACGACAACAACAAUGGGGCGGUACUGUUGAACUGGCUUGGCAGAGGGAUAGCAUAAUGGUGCCCAAGUGGCUUGCUAAUAGAGUGAUGGCAUUUCUAAUAAUAUAUAGUGAGGCCAUUAUAGUUCUUCUCUGUUGUGCAAUCACUAUGGCCCUUUUAUUGCUAGAAUUACUCAAACUCAAGGAUAAUUGGCAGUGUUCUGUUUGCUUGGAACCAACACAUCUUGGUAUCGCUAGUGGUUGCUUCCUAGAGGGAUGUGUCAUUGCCAAUCUAUGUGGUUGUGUGGUACUGACAGGAUGUGGCCAUAUAGCCAGUGAUAUACAUGUGCUAGUUCUGUUGAUAGCUGAUGAGCUAAUUCAAGAGCAAAACCAGACGAAUCGCAAUGGAGGUGGAGGCAAUACAAAUGCCAUAAUGUCAAUUCAACAAGAUUCGGUUCAGUUUUGUAUUUCUUUCACAUUGAAUGAUUGUUGUUCCAUGUGUUUGGUUGUCCGUUGGAAACCACCAUGACUACUUCAAACUCGACAGGACAUCAGUGCUGAACUGCGACCAGUACUGUGGCCCUCCUUCAGAGCAUUCCAUGAAGCUACUGCAAGGUGGUGGUGUUUGAGUUGGAUCAGGCUACAAACAUGGCUAUCUUCAGGUUGGUGCUAUUCUGGGUACCAAAGCGAGAUGCUGCAGAUAUUGUCAAGGAUCACCCCUUCUAUGUUUGCAAUAUGGCUCAGUUCAAAUUCAUAUGAUGCGCAUUAUUCUCAUAUGAAUUUAAUGGCAUGCAUGACUCUGGUCCGUCUCAGUUGCUUCGGUAACAUGCUAAUUCUCACGAUGCAAUCUGUCAGCUAUAUGGUGCUCGCACUCUACAUAUUCGGGUACCAUACACAUCUCCAGGUUGUUGUCCCUGUUCUCAUAGUUCGCGUCACUGCUUUGUACAAGGUAGAGAUUGCUUGCUGUUCAGUUAUACCUGGAUAAUCCAACAGAAAAAUCACCUGAUCAGUUUUGAUGCACUUCGUAGUAGCUACUUACUUAGUUUCGAGGAGGUGGUUCUGAUUUGGGUUUGGGGCAUCUGGAUAUCUAUUUUCUUUGCACAAGUUGACUUGUUCAGUUGGUGUUCUGAAAAUUCAGACUUGAGCAGAUUAAUAGCUCUCAAUUGCCCUGCCGACAGUGACAAUGCAAUGGUGCUUCUGAUGUACCAUGGUGCACCCAGCACGUAUCUUCCUUAUGGUGCAAUCGUCAUGGUGCAGCCUUUAUUAACCCAAGUAGCUAAUGGACAACGCUAUAUACCUAUGAAGGUGGCUGGGGUUAACAAAUGGAUUGUGAUUCAGUAUCAGUGUUCACCUACCUGUUUACAGGGUAUUUUACCAUCGUUUUCCACGGGUGCAGUAGUGGAAUUACUGUUGAUAUCAGACGACUCGGCACCUCAGGCAUCCAAGGACAGCUGUCUCAAUUCAAAGUCUUUACUGAUCGGACCAAUAUUAUUUCCGAUUGCGACAGUCUUCAAAAGCACUUUUUGGCAACAGCUAUUGAGUUUGUUGGACGCUCAACUAAGUCUGAAUUCAGCCUGGUCAGGCAUGCGCCCUCCAUGUCAACUGGGGAAGAGGCUGAAGCAUUGAAGACCCGGUUUCCACAAGCCCAUGCUUGGGGACAAGCAUAAUUUGAAGGGGAGGAGAAUGUCAGCACAGCUGCUCCAGGCAAACAUGAGGUACUGGCUUUCGGAGGCAGGAACCAUGGAGAAUGGGACCAAAUGUCGCGAGGCCACGCAGACGGAGGCGCGCGAGUGUUCCGGGUAACUGGGCCAGACUGGGAUUACUGGGCUUUGUAAGCGCGUGCGUCGUAGGUUGGCCCGAGAGAGGAAUAUAUGGUGCCCAAUGUGUAGUAGGAAAGCUAUCACACAAGAAGAACCUGAACUCGCUGCACGCAAACACUUCCUCUAUGUUCUUAUUCUCCAAUACAUAUUGCUGCGUUCCAUGGCUUCUGGUUUCCCCUAUUCGAGUGUUAACAUUUGGUAUCAGAUUCAGUCAUCCUGGAUCCACUUGCUGCUGUGUCGUGGCGACCCCGAUCUUCCGUGAUGGAGCACCAAGAUGCCGCCAUCCUCUAUGUUCUUCUCCAAUACAUCUCGCUGCGUUCCAUCUCUUCUGGUUUCCCCUAUCUCGAGCGUUAACAGUCGGCCCACGCAUUCUCCCUCCCAUUGCCGUUCUCGGGGUCAUCCCGUCGCGAAAUCCCCGCCCCCAACCUUCUCAGCCGCCUUGUCCCUUCUCCCCUGCCUUGUGGAAUCUGCAGUUCGCAUUUAGCCUUGUGGAAUCUGCGGUUCACAAGUUGUGUAAUAUUUCUAGUAACUGGCAAGGUUUGCAAGUUCAAGUUUUUAUGAUCUGAAGAACUGACAACAAAGGGUAGGUGUCAAAUUUCAGAAUG